GUACGGUGUGGCGAAAGUGCGGAGCGGAGCGCGCAGGCGCCGUCCUCGCCGCCGCCCCGGCCUGGAGGGGAACAAAGGGAGCGCGGCCGGAGCGGAAGUACAAAUAUAAUGUCAGGUGGCUGAAAAUUUGCCUAUCAAAAUGUCAAAAAGGCCAUCUUAUGCCCCACCUCCUACCCCAGCUCCUGCAACCCAAAUGCCCAGCACACCAGGGUUUGUGGGAUACAAUCCAUACAGCCAUCUGGCCUACAACAACUACAGGCUGGGAGGGAACCCGGGCACCAACAGCCGGGUCACGGCUUCCUCUGGUAUUACCAUUCCAAAGCCCCCCAAACCCCCAGACAAGCCCCUGAUGCCCUACAUGAGGUACAGCCGGAAGGUCUGGGACCAAGUGAAGGCGUCCAAUCCUGAUUUGAAGUUAUGGGAAAUUGGCAAGAUUAUUGGAGGAAUGUGGCGAGAUCUCACUGAUGAAGAGAAGCAAGAGUAUUUGAAUGAAUAUGAAGCUGAAAAGAUAGAGUACAAUGAGUCCAUGAAGGCCUACCAUAACUCCCCGGCCUACCUCGCCUACAUCAACGCCAAGAGCCGCGCGGAGGCGGCGCUGGAAGAAGAGAGCCGGCAGCGGCAGUCGCGCAUGGAGAAGGGAGAGCCCUACAUGAGCAUCCAGCCCGCCGAGGAUCCCGAUGAUUACGACGAUGGGUUUUCGAUGAAGCACACGGCCACGGCUCGCUUCCAGAGGAACCACCGUCUCAUCAGUGAGAUCCUGAGUGAGAGUGUGGUGCCCGACGUCCGCUCCGUCGUCACCACGGCCAGAAUGCAAGUUCUUAAACGCCAGGUUCAGUCUUUAAUGGUUCAUCAGCGCAAACUGGAAGCUGAGCUUCUGCAAAUUGAAGAGCGCCACCAGGAAAAGAAGAGGAAGUUUUUGGAAAGCACAGAAUCCUUUAACAACGAGCUUAAAAGGUUAUGCAGUCUGAAGGUGGAAGUGGACAUGGAAAAAAUUGCAGCUGAAAUUGCCCAGGCUGAGGAACAGGCUCGCAAGAGGCAGGAAGAAAGGGAAAAGGAAGCAGCGGAGCAAGCGGAACGCAGUCAGAAUAACCCAGCAGCUGAGGAGGAGCAGGCGGCUGCCAAGGCUGAGGAGAAGAAGGAAGAGGAGAGUGCUCCGAUGGAGACAGAAGAGCCUCACCCAGAAGAGAGCACAGAAACCCAGCAGAACGGUGAGGAGGGAACAUCCACCCCAGAGGACAAGGAGAGCGGGCAGGAGGGGGUGGAUAGCACUGCGGAGGAGGGGACCAGCGACAGCAACACGGGCUCAGAGAGCAAUAGUGCCACGGUGGAGGAGCCUCCCGCAGACCCCAGCACUGAGGAUAGUGAGAAGAAAGAAUAAAUAUUGACUUAUUUCAUGUGUCUCUUUUUAAUGAAGUGCUGGUUUGAUUUCAAAAUGUGCUACCACGGCUUUUGUAUCGUCCUUGGCUCUAUCACUUGUCCCCACAGGACGUUGGGUUUCAGUAACGUGUCAGAUGAUCAGCACGGUGACUUCAGGGGGGCUGCAGGGGCAAAAAGGACACCUUAGAAGGGACAGAAAAGCAAACCUCCCGUGUCUGAGCCAUCUGGAGAGGUACCUCCUACUGCUGGGGAUUUCUGCCCUAGAAAGACAGCGUUGGGUUUGGGAUUUAGAUCAGAAAUCAGCCUUUUCCCUUUCUCCCAGUUAGGUCACCCCAGAGGAAAUAAGCCUUUUUCCAGGGCCCUUGUUGGUCUGUGCUGGGGUGGGACGUGCAUCGUCCCACACUGCAGCCCCCAGCCCCGGGGGCACCCUGGGGACAGGGCACUGCUUCGGGGGGGUACGAGUGUCACUGGGGCACCCCAAAGCUGCCAUCAGUGCUGGGCAGAGACACGAGGUACCGGGUACGACCUGGGGCAUUGCCCUCAUCUGCCACAACCCAAAAAGCUCACAGGAGCCCGGUGUGUCCCACCCCUGCCCAGGUCUCUCUGGGUGCUCGGUGCUGCCCCUGCCUGAGGCUGGAAGGGGGUUUUAAGUGUAAUCUUUGUCUUUUCUAGAGUAGCUGUUCUGCAGGGACAGGAACAUGCUCCUGUUCAUGCAGCGCUUCAGGAGCUCCCUUUCCAAGGGGCUGAUUAUAGUCUGGGAGUAGAUGAUGUAUCUUAGGGGUUUUUUCUGGGAUGCAGGAUUAUUUUCAACAAUAUUCUUUGCUUUUCUUUACCAAUGAACUCCUUUACGUGCUGCUGAGAUACCCUGGUGUGGCCUCAGCCCGAGAGUUGGCAAAGCACGGAGCAGGAGAGCUCUUAAAAACGUGUGUCCUCUGAGCAGACACUCAUUGAUAUGCCCCAAAUGGUAAAAAAUAGUAGUUUUGCUUGUUGUGAGCUUUGAAAACCUCUGGGAACCCUAGAAAUCUACUGAAAAUGCCCCAUUUUGCCCUGUGUAAGGAGAGGCCCCGCUGAAGGAAAAAUAAAUUUAAUUGUGACCACAGAUACAAGCCGUUUGGUGACUUUACAAGUGAAGAGAACACAUGAUGCAUACGCUUCGAUGAACUAGUGUGUUUUUAUGGAAUAGUGGGUACAUCGGAUGGAAAUGUUUUUUAAAUCCUUUUGGUCUUUUUUUUUUUUUUUUUAAAUA